GCGGCUUGCCACCGAUCAAUAGCACAUAAUUGGCUGAUUAAUUGUCUAGGCGGGCGUUGGAGCGAAAUUUUUCUCAAUCUGAGUUAUAGUGAUUCAAUAAUGGCAAUGGAGGAAGUUGACUCGAUUUCCGUUGAAUCACUCUCUCUCCGCACUCUGGCUUCUAUUAGGUCACUCAUUAUCAAUAUUGACACCCCCGACUUUGUAAUUUCCUCAGUGUUCGACUUUCUUACUAGUUUUCUCAGCCGAGACGACCCGGCAAUUCUUCGUCACGUCCUCAAGCUACUCUCCGACCUUUCCUUUGGUAGAAAGGAAUUAGCAAAACAGAUCUUUGACUCGGUCCUCUCCAACUUGCUCCGCCUUCAAAACUCCACAACCAAUGCGAGCCACGGACGCGUCGCCCUGGAAUCGCUUGCUCUUCUGGCGUCGAUAUCCGAGAUGAACCCUAGCAUUGCCACCAAGAUUUCCAAAAUCGACGGCGAGGUAUUUGCGUCCAUCUGCCUCGGAGCACCUAUAUCUUAUCGAAUGUGGCUACUUAGGAACGUGGAGAGGUUCAAUGUCCCUUUGUCCGUACUUUUCACAUUGUUUUUAGGGUUUACCAAGGAUCCGUAUCCUUAUAUCAGAAAAGUAGCUCUGGAUGGACUGGUUUAUAUAUGUAACGCUGGUGAUUUCGAUCACGCCUCUGCCGUACAAGGUUGCUAUACUCGUGCUGUUGAGCUUCUAGGCGAUGAUGAAGAUAGCGUCAGAUCUUCUGCAGUUCGUGCCGUCAGUACGUGGGGCAAAGUGUUGAUAACAUCCAAGGUAGAGAUGAACAGAAGAGAGUGUACAGAUGGUGUGUUUCUUCAGCUUUGUUCUAUUGUGAGAGAUAUGAGUGUAGACGUGAGGGUAGAGGUCUUCAAGGGAUUUGGGAUAAUAGGGGCUGCAUCAGAAAGCAUUAUAUUGCAAACACUUUCUAAAAAAGUAUUGGGAGCCGAAAAAGGGAAGAAACCUCAGAAUUGUCUUUCGACUGAAUCAGCUGAUGUCGCUGCUGCAGCUGGAGUUUUCAUCCAUGGUUUUGAAGAUGAGUUCUACGAGGUACGAGAAGCUGCGGUUGACUCAUUCCACUCCCUCUCAGUAAAUUCUAUCAAAUUCCCAGAUGAAGCUGUAUACCUAGUGAUGGAUAUGCUAUACGAUGAUUACAUGGUUGUCAGGUUGAAAGCUUUAGAGGCAUUGCAUCAUAUAGCUGACUUGGGGAAUUUGAAGAUACAGGAAACUUAUAUGCCCGCUUUUUUGGAUGCUAUUGUUGAUAGUUCUGAGAACAUAAGAGUUACGGCUAGAAACAUUCUUAAAUUGGCAAAGCUGCCUGAUCUGAAGCUGGUCACCAAAUGUGUUGAUGGUGUCCUAAAAAGUUUAGAGAUAUAUCCACAGGACGAACCUGAUAUCCUGUCUGCUCUUUUCCAUUUCGGACAAAACCACACAAAUUUCUUAGUCAGUAUGAUCAAGAAAUUUUUUGAGAAGUUAGAGGCAGCUUCUGUAAACAAAUCUGGAUUAAUCAGCCGACAGGUAUCAGCGUCUCUGAUGCUGAUAAUCUCAGUCCCUCUCUCAGACAAACUAAGCGUGACUUCCAUACCAUCUCUGGCUUUUUCAUAUUCACUUGCAAUGCUGGGGAAAUUCUUAUGUGCACUUCACGAGAUGAUGGACCAGGAUAUGCUUUUGGCUUACUUGACUCAUUGCAGUAUUCUUUCUGCUUCUUCGGGGACAGAAUUCAGCAAGGGAGAUAAUUUUUUUCAUGCAUAUAGGCACAACAAUGCAGAUCUUAGCGGAAAUCCCGUCCUCAUACCAAGCAAAGAUAUACAUGCUGAGAGCAAACACAUGGCUUCCAAAGCAGUACUGGAAAAUAGAAAACAGGCAAUGAAGUCUGUUGAUUAUAUACUGUUAAAAAUAAAGGCGGCCUGGUUCUUGUCACAAUCAGGAUGCUCAAAAGAAGCAGUUCGAGCGUUAAGGGCUUGCAAACAGGAAUUGCAAACAGCCAAUUUUUCAAUCUCCAGUGGUGCAUUAGAAUUUAUGUGUCAGUAUGUUCACGUAAUUGAACUUCUCGUUCAGGUGUGGCGUCAUUUCGAAUACUCAAGACACUCCAGAACGUGUAAAUCUGUAGAACUAGAACUGUUGAUAGAAGAAGUUGAGAUAAAAGUGAUGGAGAUAAGGUGUAGAUUCACAGGCCUUUCUACGGAGGUGUCACUAGUAAUGGAGUUAGUAAUUUUUGGUUGCUUGUUAAGGCUAUAUAAAUCUGAGAUAUGUUGCCGCCUUAGAUGCAAGAAGAAACUAUCUUCAACAGUAUCUCAAUUACAGCUCCACCAUGAACAACAAUGCACCAAACCAUCAGAUUUUUUAACUGAAACUAAGAAGUCAUUGCAAGAAAUUGGGAGCUAUGCAGAGAUAAGUUGCUAUAGACUGUUUGAUCUCGUCAAGAAAUACAAUUGUUUCUCUCCCGAACAGUUUAUUUUAUCUGGUAAUUUGCAGUGUGUCAGUGCAGAGCUCGAGGUUCCUGGUAAUGGUCCUUACAGUCCGAUUUCCUUUGUGGCUGGGCUACCAGUGGCUAUACCGUGCGAGAUCAUGCUACUUAAUGUGCCGAGAGAUACCUGUAUGUGGCUCAAAAUAUCCAGAAGCGAUGAAAGUUGCCAGUUUGUGUACUUGGACCCAAACCUUUACAAUGGAGAUGAGAGAGAGAAGAGGUUCAUGUUUAGUGCAGUAACUUACAUGAACCCGAGGGCUAGUGUGUUCACAUUGCGGGUCUCAAUAGGUAUAGAGUGUUCGUUUGAAGAUGUUUGUUACAGAAAAUGGCAUCAUGGUCCGAAGCAUCCAGUGGCUUAUCUGUGUAAGGAAAGAAAAGUUCACAUUACCCUUGUUUCAAAAGCUUAAGCUCUCUAUUAACCUGUCAUGGCUAUUUAAAGUGUUGUUGAUUGGGGCUAAGCACCAGGAGAGAUUAGGAUUCUUGCAUCGGUUGACAUGGGAUGUGCGAUGCGGCUGAAUAUAGAUUCGUAUGCUUUGUUUCUUUUCAAUAAUCCAAAGCUCAAAGGAUGGUUCGGUUUUACCCCUAAUGGUCAAGUAGAGUUAGAACAAGAUCCGAAAUGUUACUAUUUAUGUCUUUGUAAUUACUCAAUAUAAAUAGCUUCCAUCAUCA